AAUAAUCUUAUUAUUAAUCUAGUCAUAUCAGUGUUGAUUUUUAUUUCUUAAAAAUCAGUUUAUUGUUUUUUUUUUUUUUUUCAUAACAAGCAAGUAUAUAAAAAGACACGACGUGAUUUUUUUACGAGUGCAUAAAGCAACAAUGUUGGGAGCAGCUAGACUUAUUAUUUUUUCACUGGCAAUUGGCUUGUCUGUUGGUGCAAUUAAAAAUGUUGGAUGGUGGAAAAAUACUGUAUUUUAUCAGAUAUAUCCACGAAGUUUUAUGGACGCAAAUAAUGAUGGAAUCGGUGAUUUAAAAGGAAUUACUUCUAAAUUGACGCAUAUUAGAGAUACUGGCAUUGGUGCAAUAUGGUUGUCACCAAUGUAUGCCAGUCCAAUGGUAGAUUUCGGUUACGAUAUAUCAGAUUUUCGUCAAGUACAUCCGGAUUAUGGAACAAUGAGUGACUUUGAAGAACUUGUAGCUGAAGCAAAAAAGCUGGGUAUCAAGGUCAUCCUUGAUCUAGUGCCAAAUCAUACAUCAGAUGAUCACUAUUGGUUCAAAGAAUCCUUAAAACCAAAUUCAUCAUAUCAAGAUUAUUAUAUUUGGCGAAAAGGAAAAGGUCAAACAGACGAUUUAAUAACUGACAUUGGUUCAGCACCAAAUAAUUGGAUCAGUGUUUUUGGUGGUUCUGGUUGGACGUAUAAUGGUACCGCAAAAUUGUGGUACUUUCAUCAAUUUCACAGAAGACAACCUGACCUAAAUUAUCGAAGCAAGGCUGUUCAAAAGGAAAUGGAGGAUAUUAUAACAUUCUGGCUGACAAAAGGUGUUGAUGGUUUUCGUAUUGACGCAGUACCACAUUUAUUUGAAGUUGAAGAUCUUGCUGAUGAGCCACGUACUUAUUGGCCACAAUUUAAAUCAAAUGAGUACGAUUAUCUUUAUCAUCCUUAUACAAAAGAUCAAGAUGAAACAUAUGCCCUGGUUCAAAGCUGGCGAAAAGUGCUUGAUGAUUAUGCAAAUAGUACGGAUUCAGAUGAAAAGAUUAUGAUGACUGAAGCAUACACCACUUUGGAUAAUACAACGAGAUACUAUACUUCUGGAUCACAAAUACCAUUUAAUUUUAAUUUUUUAACUGAAGUUAAUAAAUCAUCUGGUCCUGAUGAUUUUAAACGAGUCAUUGAUACAUGGAUAACAGAGGCAAAUAAAAAACAAGGUGUAUCAAACUGGGUGAUAGCUAAUCAUGAUAAUCCAAGAACACCAACAAGAUAUCCUGGAAGAGGUGAUCAAAUGAAUAUGUUGACAUUAAUAUUACCAGGUGUUGCUGUUACUUAUUACGGUGAAGAAAUUGGUAUGCUUGAUAAAUCUGAUAUAAGCUUUGAAGACACACAAGAUCCAGCAGGUUGUCAAGCUGGCAAAGAUAAAUAUCAAACUAAAACACGUGAUCCUAAUCGUACACCAAUGCAAUGGGAUGGAACAACAAAUUCUGGCUUUAAUAUUGGACAAAAAACAUGGAUUCCAGUUCAUGAUAAUUAUGUACUUUUAAAUGUAGCUGCUGAAACAUCAGCAACUUCAUCACAUUUAAAAAUAUAUAAAAAUUUAGUUAAUUUAAAAAAAAAUUUAUCAGCACUCAAGGAUGGAACAAUUGAGACUGUUGUUUCAGAUGAUAAAAAAACAUUAUCAAUUAUCAGAAAUUCAAUGAAUGAAUCUGUUGUAUUAAUUAUUAAUUUUUCGGAUAAAGAAGAAGCAAUUGUCAAUGUUGCUAGCAAAAUUUCAAGCAAUUUAUUAACAACUGCAACUGUUAAUAUAACUUCACUUGGAUCAUCUUUAACUGAAGGCACUCAAGUAGAACUUGGACAAGUUAAAGUACCUGCAAGUCAUUCAGUUGUAUUAAUUGCAAAUACAUUAAAACCAGAAAAUAAAGACAAUGGUGCUGAGAGUAUUUUUAUAUCAACAAAAAUUAUAACUUUGUUAGCUAUAGCAUUGUUGAUAAUUUUUAAUUGAUAAAUUUCUUGUUGAAUAAACUCUUGAUUAAAAUAUAAUUGCAAAUAAAUUUUAAUAGAUAAUUUCAAUGUAUUUUUAAAUUUAUUUUUUUUUUUUUUGGCUUAUCAAUCAUGUGUUAUUUUUAAACAUACAUCUAUCAAUAAUUUAUCGACAAAGUUUUUUAUAUUUACAUCAAGUCUUCCACUAAAGUGAGCAUGAUGACUUAAAAAAUAAUAUACAUAGUUAUUCUGGCAGCUGGCUAGAUUAUACUGACCGUAAAAAGUAAAAAAAAAAAAAAAAAAUUCUAUUAACCCUUGGAAAUCUUAUCCUCUCUUGCCAUUUAAUUAACAUUUUAAAAGUGAGUCAUUUGGAAAAAAAUAUGCUCGACUUGAAUAACUCAAUGAAAAUUAUCUGGUAUAAAUUUUGUCAAGUUUAUUGGUUCCAACCAUGUAUGAAUCAAUGCUUCAUCUAAGAUUUCAAAAUGAUCUAAUAUAUUUUUUA